AUGGCAGAACCUAUAACAGCCGUGGUCUUUGGUGCCGGGGUGAUUGGGCUGACGACAGCCACAGAGCUCCUGCGCCAGUAUCCCACAGCCUCGAUCACCGUGGUCGCGAGACAUCUUCCGGGAGAUCAAUCCACUGGAGACUAUUGCUCCAGCUGGGCAGGCGCAAAUUGGAUCUCGUACGAUGACAAUUGGGGUUGCCAAGCAGCAUACGAGAAGGCUUCGUUCCAGCGCUUCCGAGAUCUUGACUUGCGCAGCGGGGUGAAAAGAGUCCCUCUGCGUCUUCUUUAUGAUGAUGAAGAUAUCAAAAUACACGGAAAGGAGGGAUUACGACAGAAAUGGUACCGGGAUCUUGUCGGCGGCCUGGAGGAAGUAAACUCAGGGGAUUUGCCGGCAUGGGCAAGCCUAGGCCUAGAUUUAACGACCUUCAUGAUCAAUCCCAAUGUCUAUCUUCCGUGGCUGCAGUCACGUCUUCUCCACGCUGGAGUGCAAUUUUUGCGGCGAUCAUAUGAACAUAUUGACGAAGUAUUCGAAGAUUUUCCUUCCGCCACUACUGUGUAUAACUGCUCGGGGCUGGGUGCAAGAACCCUAGGAGGCGUUCAAGAUGAGAAGGUUCAUUCUAUCAAGGGACAAACGAUACUCCUUGCCGAACCAAAAAUUCCAGUACCACGCAUGUACAUGCACAAAAUAAACAAGGACGAGUUUACUCACGUAUUUCCACGCCCGCUUGGUGGCGGGAUUAUUAUCGGAGGCAUUCGAUUGCACCAUGACUAUGAUGAAAAGCCGGAUAUGCAGCUUGCUGAAAGAAUCAAGCGACGUGCAUGCGAUAUUUGCCCCGAAUUAGGACGCCCCGAGAACCUCAAGGUCAUCCGCCAUAAUGUUGGCUUCAGACCGAGUCGACAGGGAGGCGUGCGCAUUGAACGAGAGAAGCGCGGCGGAAAAUGGCUUAUUCAUAAUUAUGGUGCAGGGGGAACGGGAUAUCAGGCUUCUUGGGGAAUGGCAGAGCAUGCAGUGAAAUUGUUCACCGAGACGACUCUCGAAAAAGCGAAAUUAUGA